GCUCGAUUCUCCUCCCUCCAUCAGCCUCCUCUCUCGCUCCACUCACUGGCCUUUAACAAGGGUUCUGUUGCGGGACUCUUUUCGGAAUAUGUAUCAAUAACCCCCAACCGGAUAGGCCUGCUCAAAGCGAAACAACAGAAACACACUUGCCAAACUUUGAGGUGAACGUCCGGUGUUUUUGAAGCAGAAUUUUAAAACUAUCCACACUGAAAACAUGCGGAGAUGUCGAGAGGAGUACAAUUGCCAAUAGGAUCCCAAAGUUGGGACUUUUAUGUCAGGGAAUGAGAGGUUAAAAAACUUGCAGAUUUUUAUUGCUGGUAUCUGACCAUUACAUCGCUGUGCCAAACAUUGCACCCCAUCUUCUCUUCCACCCCAUCCCACACCUAAAAAACCAUCAUGACGACCUCUUCGUUACGAAGGCAGGUCAAAAACAUUGUAAACAACUACACAGAUGCUGAAAUCAAGGUCAGAGAGGCAACUUCCAAUGACCCCUGGGGUCCUCCUUCCUCACUCAUGAUGGAAAUCUCUGAUCUGACCUUCAACGUGGUGGCUUUCACCGAGGUCAUGGGCAUCAUCUGGAAGAGGCUAAAUGACCAUGGCAAGAACUGGCGGCACGUGUACAAGGCGCUUAACCUGCUGGAAUAUCUGAUCAAGACUGGGUCAGAGAGAGUGGCCCAGCAGUGCAAGGAGAACAUCUACGCCAUCCAGACCCUUCGGGACUUUCAGUACAUUGACCGGGAUGGACAAGACCAGGGCAUGAGUGUGCGGGAAAAGUCUAAGCAGCUGGUGGCUCUGCUGAGGGACGAUGAGCGGCUCAAGCAGGAAAGAUCGCAGGCACACAAAACCCGUGAGCGUGUUACAGGGAGCACCAGUGCCAUGGGUUACGGGUCUUUACCGCCACCCUAUCCGGGACGCCACCCUAGUCAGCCCAGCAUGCAAGCAGUUCAUGUGGACGAGUUUGCCAGGCCUAGGGACUCACCAGCCUCCUUCAACUCCUCGUCUUCCUCCCCUCAUCUGGCCCCAGAUCUGGAGCGGGCCCGUCCUCAGACCAGUGGAGAGGAGGAACUUCAGCUACAGCUGGCCUUGGCUAUGAGCCGAGAGGAGAGCGAGAAGACCCAUGAAUCUGUUCUCCCCCAGCCGACUCCAGCUGUGGAUAUUGAUGAACAGACGCAGCUUCAGAUUGCUAUGAGUCUUAGUAAGGAGGAGACACAUAAGCCUACUCCUCUUCCUCCUCCCCCUCCUCCUCCUGCUGCUGCGGUUAUGGAGAUGGAUGAAGAGGCACAGCUUCAGCUCGCCCUCACUCUCAGUAAAGAGGAACAUCAGCAGGAGGAGAGGAGCCGUCGGGGGGAUGAGUCUCUGCUCCAGAAAGCACUUGAGGAGAGCAAACGAGAAAUGGAGGCCAAAGGAGGAUCUGCCAUGCUGGAUCUUGCAGAUAUUUUCACUUCGGCUCCUGAACUGCCCUCUGCUGCCAGUGCUUGGGAUUCAUCUGGAGGCCAAGGUGCUUUAGCGCAGGCUGGUCCUCUGCGGUCUGACCCAUGGGAUAGUCUAGAGCCCAGCUCUUCAAUCCGCCGGCAUGGAAGCUCAUGGAAUGCACCUCCUGCAUCAAGUGAAUAUUCCCAACCCUGGGCACAUCGACAGCAAACUUCUGACCCAUGGGAUGCCCCUCAGAAUGCCUCCAGCCCUGUGUCCACGAAUCACACCUGGAUCUCCCCUGCACAUGGGGCUGGAGUGGAUCCUUUUUCUCCCCCCGUAGUGGACAGACGAGGAUCUAUUGGCCCUCUCAAAACUUCACCCCCUCGUGCAGGAAGUCCCUCAGAUGAUGAUCUUUUUGAUGAGGCUAUGGAUGGAGGCCAGGCAAAUGUGAAUGGCCAUGGUAGUCCUGAGCCUUUCAAUUUGUCUUCCCUUGGCGAAGGUCUACCAAAACCAGCUCCUCGAACCUGCAGUACUCCUGAGGCAUUUCUGGGUCCAUCUGGAGCUUCACUUGUCAACUUGGAUUCUCUGAUACCCCCAAAUCCUACUUCCAAGAACUUCAACCCAUUUUUAUCAGGAGUGCCUGCUCCGACAACCUCUAAUCCAUUCCAAAAUGAAGCACCCCGCCUGACGCUUAAUCAGAUGCGUCCCAGCUCCACGUCUCCCGCACCCUCAUCACUUCCAUUCAAUGCGUCUCUGGCCAUGGCAUCCAGCCAGCAGCCCAGCUCUUUGCCCAACACCUUCACACAGUCUGCACAGGUGAUGCCGCUGAUCCCUGGACCCCUACCGCAACCACUGCUACCACUGUCCAGCAAAACCAUGCUUGCAGAUCCAGAUACACACAAUCAGAACCCGUUCCUCUGAAAGACUACAUCCAAAAAAGGACUGUUUAACUACCGAAUGACUUAAAACUGGAACACAUUUUUAAUGGCUUUGCUCAUUUCACAGCCUAAAGGUUUUGCUCUAUGCAGUUGCUCUCAAGAGGCAUUCACACAUACAUUGUUUUUUAAUUUACAAAUAUACUUAUUUUUAAUAACAACGACCACUGGUAAUGCUUUGUGGUUGUAUCAAGUGGUUAAUUUGAAUGUUAUAUAAAUGAUCAGUUAUGCAACGCACACAUGCACAGUAGCAAACACAUGAUCUAGCAUGUUCACCUGUAUAGUUGGCCUAAAAAAAACAUCAACAUGGGGCAGACAAGUAAUAAAGCCAACAGCUACACGUUACGUUAGAGCUGUGGCAAAAAAAAUAGUGCAAGAAAUCUAUUCAGCAUUGAUUCUGAGCUUAGUUAUUAACAGCAGAUGGUGCUCUAGACCAGUGUUUCUCAACCACGUUCCUGGAGGACCACCAACACUGUAUGUUUUGGAUGUCUCCUUUGUCUGUCACUCAUUACAGGUCCUUCAGUCUCUGCUAAUGAGCUUAUGAUCAGGAUCAGGUGUGUUUGGUUAAAGAGACGUAGAAAAUGUGCAGAGCUGGUGGUCCUCCAGGAAUGUGUUUAAGAAGCACUGCUCUAGGCUUUUCUUUAACAGCAGAUGGUGCUCUAGGCCAGUGUUUCUCAGCCACGUUCCUGAAAGACCACCAACAACACUGCAUGUUUUGGAUGUCUCCUUGGUCUCUCACACUCAUUACUGGUCUUUCAGCCUCUGCUAAUGAGCUUAUGAUCAGAAUCAAGUGUGUUUGGUUAAGGAGAUGUAGGAAAUGUGCAGCGCUGCUGGUCCUCCAAGAACGUGGUUGAACAACUCUGCUCCAGGCUUGUUUUCAACAGCAGAAUUCACUCAAGGUUUUUUUAACAGCAGAUGGCGCUCUAGGGUGGUUUUCAACAGCAGAUGGUGCUCUAGGCUAUUUUAUUUAACUGCAGAUGGUGCUCUAGGCUGGUUUUUUACCAUGCACUCAAAUAAUCAAGAGGAAGAGCUCGGAGUCAUGGAAAUUGUUUUUUAGAUCUCAAAAUUAAUGCAACAACAGCUUACUGUGAACACUGAAUAAUUUGUGUAAACAUUUCCUAAGCUUAUUAAUGAUUAAUUUAGGUUCAAGCUUUAUGCGUAAGAAAUUGGAUGCAUCUGCUGUUAAAAAUUAGACUCAGAAGCAAUGUUGAAAUUGUCAGAAUCAAUGCAGGAUUGAUUUCUUGAACAGUGCUAUAUUGCCCAUACAUUCUGCAUUCUUCAGAGAUGAAGUCAAUCUCAAUCUAUUAGGCAUUCAUAACGGAAAACUCAAAGAGCUUUAACUGCAGGAACACACUUGAAAAUGGCAGAGGGAAAGUGCUGAAAGAAGUUCACAAAUGUCUAAAAGCAAAGUGGAACACAGCCAAUGUUUGCCCUCUUCAUUUGGUUUUUAUUUGCUUUUUUCUCCCCUUACAUUUUUCUUCUUUUGCUUAGAUGAAAUGUUGUUUGGUUAUUAUUGUUGUUGAAGUUCAUUAAACUUGUUUAGUCAGUUUAAAAACCACAAAUGUUUGGGACAAAACAGCUUUAUAGUAAUAAAUAGAAAAAGUAACAAGUGGAAAAGGGGCUCUAUGCACAGGGUGUGCCCAAACCCGCCAAGAAAACUUAUAGUGAAAGCGAUGGCCUGACCAUCUUCCAUUUCAUGUGUUCCAUUGAACAGCAACAAUAGUAUAAUAUAAUCACAAUCCAGUCAGUUAAAUAGACCCAAGUAUUUAUUUAGUUGUUCAAGCAUAAUGAGACAGAAAUACAUUUAAAUUUAGGCACCAUAUGAAUGAAGCACGUUUCCAUGUAGUGAGUCAAAGAGAACAAAAUAAUCACUUUCUGAUAAACCGCCUCCAAAUAUCGAAAAGAAGAAAUGUAAUUGUAAUGUAAAUGUAUUUUAUAUAGAAUAAACAGUGGACCUUUUUAUAUAUAGAAUAAAUUACUUGUGCCUCAGAAGAUGAAGACGGAAAUCAAUAAAUGUGCGGUGGCUUUGGGAGUUGGUAAUUUAGGGAGGUUAUACUACGAACCACUUUGAUGAUGAACUCUGGCUAAGAGAUUUUAAAUGACCAAAACCACAUCUCAGCUAUUUUACAAUGUGGUACACAAAAUCACGACUUUUUGAUGAGCAUGCUAGAAUUUAUUUGGUAAAUUUGGUACCAUCAUUGUGUGCAAUUUUUUUCUUGUCAAAUUAAAUUAAUCUCCUAAGUAGAUCCUAAACCUACGUUUUCAAAAUGUAUGCACAUCUUGGCAUUUCCAUUAAGCAUUUUUAUAAUGCAAAAAAAGUAGCAGAUGAAAAAUUCACAGCUUAGUUUGUCUGCACAUAAAAAUUAAAAUUGAAUGCAAAGCUUUUCACUGACACUACUAACUAGCCUAGCUAGCAAUAAGAAUGUCCACUAUGGAGUAUGUGUGAAUCACUGUAUGUGUGAAUGACCUCCAACUGUAAUAAAAUGUGUGAAUGUCAACUAGGCAUAAACAUGGCAAUACAGAUGCUGGCUUUAUAAGAAAUUACAAAUAAAUGGCACAGGUUAAAAUUAUGAAUAUUUAAUCCAAGUAUUACAAUAGUUUGGAUAAGAAGCUCUUAUUACUUGUUCCAAAAAGCCCACUGCAUAACCCAAGCACAAUUCCAAAGCCUCAUAGAUUUUUAUCAUAAUCUUGGAUUCCUCACACCAGUUUCUAGCUCUGCUUUAGUGGUAUUUUAUUAGCCUGGAGUAUCUGAUGACUUUCAAUGCAAUCCUUUUAUUUACUUGACAUGACUGGUAUCUGUGAACACUGAAGGCAUCCGAUGGGUCACUGGCUCCAGUAUGAAAUGACAGGGACUUUGGGGCCAAUAAUUUAAGUAUGAUUUUAUAAUAUUGGGCAUUGACUGUUGAAUGACUAGUCCUCCAGCAAGAGAAUGUACUCACUGUGGUGUUCAAAAUGAGUUGAUGCCACAUACUAACAGAAUGCAAGUACGUGAGACAAUUGCACGUUGCUUAUCAAAUACAAAGAUGGAGAUGAAACUAAAAA